AUGGAGCUGGAGCAGCGCACGAAGCUCUUCCCACACUCGGGACACUCGCAACUCCUGCAGUUAAAGGCUGCAAUAUCCCUUCAGGUGGCCAUCAAGAAAAUGAGUCUCAGAGGGCAGAACAGGGAACGAGCUGUGAAUGAGAUCCUGCUCAUGAAGGACAAGAAGAACCCCAACAUUGUCAACUCCUUGGACAGCUUCCUUGUUGAUGGAGAUCUCUGGCUGGUGAUGGAAUACAUGGAUGGAGGAACUUUGCAGGACGUUGUCAGACAGACAUGCGUGGCUGAAGGAGAGAUGGCAGCUGUCAGUCAGGAGUGUCUGCAGGGCAUGGAUUUCCUCCAUUCCAAGCGGGUGAUCCACAGGGAUCUGAAGAGCUCCAACAUCCUCCUGGGCAUGGACGGCUCUGUCAGGCUGGCUGAUUUUGGCCUCUGCGCUCAGCUCAGCCCUGAGCAGGACCAGCGCAGCUCCAUGGUGGGCACUGCUCACUGGAUGGCCCCAGAAGUUGUGACCAGAUCUCCUUAUGGCCCCAAGGUGGAUUGGACCUUUGGCACUGUGACCAUCGAGAUGAUGGAAGGAGAACCUCCUUAUUUGCUUUCCCUGCAGGCUCGCGCUUUGAUCCGGCAGAACGGGACCCCGCAGCUGCAGGAGCCCUGGCGCCUGUCGGCUCUGCUGCGGGACUGCCUCGAGUGCAGCCUGGAGCCGGACGAUGAGCAGCGCUGGGCUGCCCAGGAGCUGCUGCAGCUGAGGCACCCAUUUUUAUCAUCAGCCAAGCCUCUCUCCAGCCUGACCCCUCUGAUCACUGCAGCAAAGCAACUGAGGAAGCAGCGGAGGAGAUGAAGCCCUUGAGGACAGCUUUCAGUUACAGUA